UUCGUUGUUGGAACACAUUCUGCUUCCGUUUCCAGGAUUUAUUUUGAAAAAUAAGCGGCAGUCAUGGAGGCAGAUCGUGAGAGCGGGGUAGAUUUUAGAGUAAAUGUCAAGUCGAAAAAACAAGUUCGUGAACAGCUUGAAAAGUAUAAAGGCUUAUUUAAAAAGUUGCUCGAUGGCCAAUCCCACAUUUCCGAGGAAGACAAAGCUAAAUUGCUGCAAGAAAUGGUUGUGAACUUUGAAUUCACAGUGCAAGAAAAUCUAGUUAUUGGUGGCUUGUCCUGGGACGAGGUGUCAGAGGAUUAUUGUGAAGACUAUGACAGCACAAUCAAUGACAUUCUGGAUGAGAAAAUAGUAGAGACCGCCUGCAAACGCAACUCUUACCCAAAGCAAAUACGCAACCAAGUUGUGCGAUCAUUACGAGCAGAGAGAAAACUUCUGCAAUGA